UCAAAAUAAAAGAGGUGCAAGUUGCAAGUAGUUUCCGUUAAACUUUAAACCGUUAAAGCGGUUGAAAUUUGAAUAAGAAAAAGUAUUGUAAUUACUGAAUUUUAAUAAACUACUUAUUAUUUUAAGGAAUGAAGAUCGGUAAUCACUUUUACUGCUUAUAUCUGCUAUUUUUACAAGGACAUGUAGUUUUUGGGAAUUGGAUCAAAGACAUUGGGACAUUUCUGAGUUUUCAGCAAGAACAGCCGGAAAACAAUGAAAAUCUUGAAAUUUAUCAACAGAAAAUACCUUACGAAAUAUCAACGGCCGACGAAAACUUUUUGAAGGAAGCUGCAAAAUUAACUGAUCUUGUUUUGUCUGAGCUGGACUCAUGUCAACAUAGGGUGAUUUUGAAAUUAAAAUCUGAUUGCGAUAAACUAAAUGAUGAACAGUUAGCAAAAAUGGCUGUACACCUAUUAAACUGUCAGUCUUGGGUUGAAGGAAGACCUAUAUAUGCUUGUACAGAUGAAAUGUCUAUCAAAGAUUGUACAAUAUCUAUGGACUCUGACACUUGGACAAGCUAUCACCUAAUGAGCAAUAGAGCAAGGGCAGUUUGUUACUCUAUAAGACAGAGUCAGUUCCGAGGUUUGGCCGAACAUACUGUGAACCGACUAAUGGAGGCAGCUAAAAAUCAAUUAAAAAAUCUAGGAGAGAUUACAAAUACACAACAAGGUUUAAAAGACAUGACAGAAAAAACAUACUAUACUCUUAAAGAAGGCCACAGAAACUUAUUUGAACAGCAGGACGAUUUGAAAAAAGCACAGUUUGUAGGACAACUAGCUAUUGAGGAUAAUAUUAAAAGAUUAGCUGACGAAAAAAGAUUGAUCAGAGAGACCCACGACAACUUAGUUAUAAUGACAAGAGCAGUACAAGAGAAAUUAGAAACUUCUUUAAAUCAAUUACAGGAUCAGACUGAUGAAAGUAAAGUUAAUCAUAGGGAGUUACUUAAUGAUUUGCUAAUUAUUCAAGAAAAAACUAAAGAUAUCUUCGAAAAAAUAGAAAAAUCUUCAUCGUUAUUAAUUAAACAAAACGAAGACUUCAACCGGCAAUACCGAUCGACAUUUAAAACUCUUCAAGAAAUGAACAAAACAGUUAGUGAUUUGGUUGUACUAGUCAAAGGAACUUGGUUAUCGCUAGAAGAAAGACUUACAUGGAUAGUAGCGGCAUUAGGUGGAACGGAUACAGCUAUCGAUAGAAUAUACAUUAUCAUUUGGCAUGCUGCGUUUAUGUUAAUCGCCAUGUUAACAUGCGCCUUUUUGGCAGCUAGGCCCAGUACUAGGUUUGUAGUAGCGCUACUACCGCCAUUAAACCUUGCAGUGGCUUUACAUGGUCAGCACCAAUAUCUGGAUGUCUUUAGUUUGGUUGGUGCCAUUGGGUCAUUUGUAGUAGCUCAAACUUUAAUAAUAUGGGCGUGUGCACUGAAACCAACCAUAGCUGGAGCUAUAGCUUGGAAAAGGGAUCCCAAAAUUAGUAGAUCAUCAACGCCACAAACAUCACCUACGCCAGUCAAAACUUCGUACAACUCUGAUCUUCUUAAAGAAACGCUUCGACGUAAUUUAUCGAAGAAUGAUGAUGAUGAUGAUGAAGAUGAAAACGCAGAUACAUUCCAAGAUUAUAAUAAUAUGACGCCUCCAGCUUCUAGAAAUGGUGACUACUUUCCUCGAUCGGCAUCUAGAAGUAGAAGUCGAACUCCAUUGUCGUUUAAUACUAGUUUGAGGGCUAACUGCACGGCAACAACUAGGGCAGGUACACCAUGCAAACUAACAACCCUUCCUGGACGUGACUUAUGCUAUAGGCAUCUAGGAGGUAGUUCAGUAGCUGGAUAAAUCAUAUAAAUUAUGUGUUAAACACGUUAGUUAAGUUAAAAUUAUUGGGUAAUGAUAAUGAUGAUGGUAUGCAGGUGCAUAGUGUAUAAUAAUGAAGAACUUCUAAAAUUGAUUAAAUUCUUGAUCAUUACGAUCAUGGUAUGCAGGUGGAUCAUCAUCAUCAUUGGCUCUACAACCCAUGAUGGGUCUUGGCCUUGGCCUGUUCCAGAAUCAGCUUCCAUUCCUUCUAUCCUUCGCCUUGGUUUUCCAAUUUUGUACUCUUAAUUGCAGCUGCAGGUACAUAGUGUAUAAAAUAACAAAAAAUUAUCACACAAUAAAACACUGAAAACUUU